UGUCUACUGUUUUCGAGAGAAAAAUAUGUCCGGAGGAAGUGAGAAAGAAAAUCGUAGUGGCCUCUCUCGUGAGCAACUACUCGAAAGUGCGCAUGCGCGCCAUUUGCUGUCACACAAGCAUCGGUGUGUGUGUGAGUGUAUAAUACAUUUAACUAUUGAAAUGGCGCGCAUGCGCACUUUCGAGUAGUUGCUCACAAGAGAGAGGCCACUACGAUUUUCUUUCUCACUUCCUCCGGACACAUUUCAAUUCCCUAUUCCCCUUCCAUUUAAGGUCUCUACACCAGCCCGGUCCACAGCGCGUGAGCCCGUCCACUUGCGAACAAGCGACCACGAGGGACGGACGUCUACGUCGAGAAUAUACUUCGUGACCACGGGUGCAACGUAACACGUGUUGGGUCGAGUACGUUUACUUGUGGAGAGAGAGAGGAACGUAAGAAGUGGCUUCGCUGGCAACGCAACGAGUCUCCGUCGCCGACCCAUUGUAGCAGCGUUAGCGGGAUACACGGAUCACGUGGCACAUAUAGAUAGAAAAUUACGCGGCGGCACAGUUGCGCGGCCAACAUCCCAGCCAUUCACGCCAGAAACAUAGACCUUGAGGAAUUCCAGCGUCGCGACGGUGCAGAAGGGCUCUAUGUGCUCCACCGCGACUCGGGCGAAUGGUACUUUAGUUUCCAAGAGCUUGCUACUGUGGUAUCGCGAGAGGUGCGUCCGGUUGGCCUGUAAUCCAGGUGUGCAGCAGCGGCAAAAUGCUCAACGAGAUCAGGGCGGCGGUACUGUUCUUGGUAAAUCUGAUCGAAAAAAGCGAAAAAUUUAGUCCCGCUCAGCUCGAGUGCUUCGAGCGGCACUUGGUCGAACUGCUGACGGAGCGCUUCAAGAACCACUGGUUCCCCGACAAGCCGUUCAAGGGCCAGGGCUACCGCUGCAUCCGCGUCAACAGCCACAAUCGUCGGGACGCGACCCUGGAGAGCGCCGCGUGCGCGGCCGGCGUCAAGUACGAGGACCUGGCGCUGCCGGUGGAGCUCACGCUCUGGGUCGACCCCAACGAGGUGUGCUGCCGAUUUGGCGAGAGCAAGGGCUCGUACUGCACCCUGGCGUCGUUCGACGACAAGGAGAACACCGUGCCCAUUUUCCUAUUUGAGCGCAACGAGUUCGCAGAGAACGAGGAUAAGCCAGCCCACGUGGGGCCCAUCAAGAUGCAGAAAUCCCCCCUGGCCGCGAGCACGGAGCAACAGCAGUCGAAAUCAAAACCAUUAAGCGCCGCUAAUCAAAAUCAACAGCAUAGCAAUAAUGGUACAGGUAAGAGGCGCAACUUGAACAGUCCUAGGCUGCACCUGAACAGAAACCGUUCGUGGUUCGGCCAUUCCUUCAGCAUGGGUUACGGCCCGCAUCCGAUCAGCCCGCCGUGGUACAAUAUAAUGCCCCCGCAUUUCCUCGGUGGCCAUUCGCCGCCUCCCUUCAUGGGACACCGAGGAAACAAAUGGGUACAUCAGCCCUCUUAUCCCGCGGGACCCGCCCGUUUCCACCACUGGUCCCCCAAAGCUGCUCUUAAGGUGUAAGGAGAAUCGUUUUAAGAAAACAAAGUUAAGAAACCUGUUUCAUUUUGAAGAAAAAACAAAAAGGGGGGGGGCAACUCCGAAACGAGAAAGCGUAAUUGUUUUCCCCGGAAAUUGUACAUUAUUGUUUUAUCCCAUGGACGCGAACCCAGUCGUAUUGCGACCCGUCGUCGAAAAGAGUUUUUAAUUGAAAUGUAUUCGUGACAGAUAUGUAUAUGCAGAUCGUGAGUGUAAAUGUGAAUUUUUAUAUUGGAAACAGGUUCGUUAACGCGUUUCAGUGACGAGAAUUAUGUCCAGCCUGUAAUUACAAAUGACCUUGUUCGAAUUAAGGCUUACGAUUUUUUAUGACGAGAAGUAUCGCAUUAUUACAUGUUACGUAUAUAUGGUAUGAUAAUAAAUUGGAGUAAUAAAUGUUUGAAACUCCGGAUGCAAGGUUGCUUGUAAAAUGGUAGACAGUAGGUGGCAAUUUAAGUAGGAUAUUAUAUAGAUAAUAGUAAACUACGCAUUGGCAUAUGCGUGAAGUGAAAAUAGAUGUCAUAUCAUGACGAGUUGUUUCUUCGAUCAAUUCUUGAAAUAACUUAAACAUCGGUGAUGCCCGCGCGAUAAUGUAUACAUAUAUCGAGGAAUUGAGAGGAUCUGUUUAUCUUCAUAGAAUUGUCGCAAAUCGAUAAAUUGUAUAUCUGCUUUGUUACGUCUGUUUUGUUACAUCUGUCUGUUGUUGUCGAAUGCGUUGAAGCUGUACAAUCGAAUUGGCAACGCCAUUUGUUUAAGCGUUUAUAGUUUAUGAUAAGGGAAAAGAGCGACGGGAAUAAUUCGCAAGGUUUCGGGACUCGAUACGCGGAUGUGUUACCGGUGUAAAAUAAAGCGUAACUUCGUUGCUUUAUUCACGUUGCGCACAACGGCGCGCCCCCGCUCGUGUUUCGAAUGAUAAGGUCAAGCCUAAAAUGGCGUCGCGUAUUUGUUAUAAAGUGAUUUACCUAAAUCUCCUUCGGUAAUACGCUCGCUGUAUAUCCUGAAGAGAUUGCGGUAAUCAUAACUAAAUCAUAUUUUUACUUCACGUGGAAACAUAUUUUCGGUAAGAGUUAACACGUAAUCGAGAGAAAAGCGCAGGAAGAACUUGGGGCUUUGUUUCACACCGAGAGGAACGUCCGCGCCAAGUCCCAAAACUCUCGGAAUGAACUCCCGUUAUUCGUCCCAUUGUAGUCUCAUUUAAACUGGAGUAUAAAUAACCGGUUUUGUUCCGAUGUGACAAAUAUUUGCUCUGUAGUAGAUAUUAUUUGCAUCUUACAAUUAGCUAUACAUGCAUCGUAACAGAGAAUUGAAUGAAGUGUUAAAAAAAAGUUACCGUAAAAGUUCAUUUCGCGUGUGUGUGUAUACACAUAUAUAUAUACACACACAAUCGAUUGUGAUUACGUAAUAAACGUGAUUUCGAUAGAAACUUGAUAUAUUCUGAUUUAAGAUAUAAAUUUGAUUUUAUAUAUGUAUAUAUAUAUGCAUAUACAUAUAUAUACAUAUAUAAAAUUAUUAUAUCAUUUAACAAGAUGUGAGAACAAAUUCGUUCUACCCUCCCGUGCAGGGAUGAGGGUAGCGAUGCGUAUGCGGUACAUUAAUUUUCAUGCUUGGAGAGAAGAAAAAAAUCCACUCGUGUUAUUUAAAGAUACUGCCGCUAUUGAGAUUUUUGAUCGAUGAUUAAUACCGCUGUUGGAUUAACGAGCUGGCGCCGACAUUUGAAGAAUUAAUUUCCGCUGCCACGUGCAGUUAGACAAGCUUGUUGCCGUCGACGUCACGCUCGGCACGAACGAGCGAACGCCGAAUUCACUCUUAUAAAUCAUACACUGGUUUUAACUUUAAGUGUCUUUUUUUUGUCCCAUACAUUCGCUAUUUACGAUAUUCAGCAUCUCGCAGAGCUAACGCGUUCAAAUCAAGUGUAAUUUCAAUGCAAUAUCAAUGUCGUGUCGAUGUACACAUUCGGCCUGUUAUUUAUAUACAUAUAUAUAUUAUAGAAAAUUUAUGAAACAUCAAUAAUAUAUAUUUACUUAUACAUAUGUUGGCUUUAUACACGCGAUAGACGUACGUAUUUCUUGUUUUUUUUUUCAUUACGGUGUUAUUUUUAUAUAUGCUAUAUAUUUACAUGUACUAUGUGUGAAUAUGUUAGUGACAAGCGUUGUCGAAAGCUGUAAUUCUCAUUUGUGAUCUAUUCUGUAAGAUCAGUUGUUCCUUCGAGAUACUCUUCUUGUGUUCACGGUACAUUAAUCCCGAAUUAAGCUUAAUUUUGCGACAUAGCUAGUCAGGCUUAUUGCAUAGUUAACGAUUUUACCUUUGUACAACAGAUAAAGAGCAUUUAUAUAUACAUAUAUAUAUAUAUACUAAAUUAUAUAAUUAACACAGUAGUAUAAAAAAGUGUACAAUUUAUUACGUUUUGUUUAAUAAGUUUCUAUACGCUUAUGUCUGUAUGUUAUAUUUAGAAAAGCUAAAUUCAUCAAUCUCUUAAUAGAAAUUGUAAGUUAAUGUUAAUUUCUCGUAGAACAUGAAGUGAGAAGUAAGAUUGCAAAAUUUGUCAGAAAAGAAGUUAGAUCUGUAAAUUAUUUUGUUAAACCGCCAAUAACUUGCUGUGCUUUUCGGUAUUUGGGCGGUGCGACCGGAAACGCCGAAAAGUGAUCGGUCGGACCUAGGCUGAGACGUGCAAUAUUUAUUGUGCAAUGAACAAAACGCGAAUCUUCUCGAAGGAACAAUUUUUGUUACGCGAACGAACGACAUUGCGAAUAUCUGUAGUUUCGAGAUUAAAGUAAUUUCUGAGAAGCACGAGGUGCAUUCCUACUUUGCGCUAACCAAUUGCAGGAAUAACACACUUUUAAAUAAUUGUUUCAGUAAUACAGUGGAAUCGUGGGGAUCGGAGCGUACGUUAUAUUUAACAUGGCACGGUAGAAUUUAUGUCACUGUUGCCGGAUACACGAGCGACGAGGAUUAAUCUAGAUGUGUAUUGUAAAAGAAAAAGUAGACGACAUUUUAAUCAAAGAUGACUCGUAAUAUCUUCUCGCGGCCUGGUUUCGCGCGUAACGGAGGUGCCGCAGUUUUAUGCCGACGAGUAUGCCCACACAUCUUCAUCUCGAGGCCCGAUUCAGCGGAGUGAACUAAUUUUCUCCUCUCGGCGAAUAGAUCGCAAUCGUCGCUUUCCUCGCGCAAAUUAAGCGCCGUGGCGCUGACUAAAAUCUACCGGUGACGUUAAAAAGAUUAUAUGAUUAAACAUUUAACGGCGUACCGGUCUCGAGAGGAUUUGGCUUAUAUAACAAAGAUGAAAUCGAGACGGUUUGCACGCGGCGAAACGGCGCCUCCGUUGCGACGAAGAGGCCGGCGUGAACCGGGUCGUUCCCAUAUGUAGCACAAUUCAGCAACUUUCACGGUUUACAGUUAGCACCGUACGCUAAAUGCAUGUAAUUCGCCCUAGCGUAGGAACUUUGUGUUCACUUUGUUAAAAGUCUUAUUCGGAAUAGUGUUAUGUUGUUGUUACGUAGGAAUAUGGAAAGUCUAUAUAUAUAUAUAUAAAUAUAAAUAUAUAUAUAGAUAUUAUACAUAUAUACAAAUAUAUUACGUAUGUAGAAGAGAGCAAUGUUGCAUUCGGACAUAUUCUUUUAUUAAUAUUCUUACAUAAUAUAUAUAUAAUAUACACAUAUAUGGAUAUGUGCAUACAUAUAUACAUAUAUUGUACACGCAUGAGUGUAUGCGCGUGCGUAUGUAUACGCGAGUAAGAAUAUAUGUAUGUAUAUAUACUAUAUAAAUGAGAGAGGAAGGGGAAGAGGCGCUCAACAUUUGAAAUGUUCCAAACUUUCUAGCUGUGUUCACGCGUAGGGAGGGAGGAGAGAAAUUGCGAAACCGAAUGCGACAACAACGUACCUUUUCUUAAUGAUAAGUAGGUAGUCAAUUACUUUAUACGAGAGCCAGACACACAUACAUACGUACACGUACGUGCGCCCUGCGUGUUUAACGGUAAGACGCGGCGUAUUCGCCAAGAGAA